AUUAAUGCUGAGAGAAAUACAUAAACUCGGUGAGUCUGACAUAUUUAAAAAGGAGUUAGAUACCAAAAAGAUGUCUGAAAGGACUCUUUUUCAACGUUACCUGAACUGCCACGUGUGUGCAGAGACUUUCACAGAUCCUGUGUCUCUGAGCUGCAACCACAGCUUCUGUUCAAGCUGCCUGCAGACAUUCUGGGAACAAACUGAGAACAAGAACUGUCCCAUCUGUAAAAGAAAGUCAUCAAAAGAUCAUCCAAUAGUAAACUUUACACUGAAGGAACUGUGUGACUCGUUUUCUGGGAGACUGAAAGUGGGAUCGUCUGAGACAGAAAAAGGAGAGAAGAAGGUGGAGGUGGUGUGUAGUAAACAUCAAGAAGAGACUAAACUGUUCUGUAAAGAUGAACAGAGAGCUGUGUGUCCUGUCUGUGAGUGUUCUCUCCACCAGAGUCACACUGUGGUUCCUCUAGAUCAAGCAGUCAGGGAGCUGAAGGAGCAGCUGAAACCUGACUUAAAGUCUCUACAGGACAAGAGGAACAAAUACAAACAAGUGGAGGAAACAUACAAAGAAGUGAUUCAACACUCCAAGAAGCAGCUGUUGUCCACAGAGAGGAAGAUCAGAGCAGAGUUCAACAAGCUCCACCAGUUCCUGAAAGAGGAAGAGAAGUCCAGACUGACAGCUCUGAGGGAGGAAGAGGAGCAGAAGGGGAAGACGAUCAGCAGAGAGAUGAAGAGGAUUCAGGAGCAGAUCUCCUCUCUGUCAGACAGUAUCUGUGCUGUUGAAGAAGACCUGCAGAAACACAACGUGGCCUUCCUCAGCAGUUAUAAACCCACUCAGACCAGAGCCAGAGUCCAGUGCUCAGAGUCAGAUCCACAGCUGGUCUCAGGAGCGCUGAUAGAUGAGGCCAAACACCUGGGCAACCUGUCCUUCAGAGUCUGGGAGAAGAUGAAGGACAGGGUCCACUACAGUCCGGUCAUUCUGGACCCAAACACUGCAAGCCGCAGUCUCUAUCUGUCUAAUUUUCCUUUUCUUUUCUGUUUUAUCAUAUUUGUCAUUUUAAUUAUGUUCAAGAAAGCAGAUCUUGGCGACAUUACUGGGUGUGAGAGCUCGGCUGAAAAACACAGAAUCGAAGUGCUGGAAGCAGUGCUGAAAGAAAUACAUAAACUCGGUGAGUCUGACAUAUUUAAAAAGGAGUUAGAUACCAAAAGGAUGUCUGAAAGGACUCUUUUUGAACAUUACCUGAACUGCCACGUGUGUGCAGAGAUUUUCACAGAUCCUGUGUCUCUGAGCUGCAACCACAGCUUCUGUUCAAGCUGCCUGCAGAAAUUCUGGGAACAAACUGAGAACAAGAACUGUCCCAUCUGUAAAAGAAAGUCAUCAAAAGAACAUCUAUUAGUAGACUUUUCGCUGAAGGAACUGUGUGACUCGUUUUCUGGGAGACUGAAAGUGGGAUCAUCUGAGACAGAAAAAGGAGAGAAGAAGGUGGAGGUGGUGUGUAGUAAACACCAAGAAGAGACUAAACUGUUCUGUAAAGAUGAACAGAGAGCUGUGUGUCCUGUCUGUGAGUUUUCUCUCCACCAGAGUCACACUGUGGUUCCUGUAGAUCAAGCAGUCAGGGAGCUGAAGGAGCAGCUGAAACCUGACUUAAAGUCUCUACAGGACAAGAGGAACAAAUACAAACAAGUGGAGGAAACAUACAAAGAAGUGAUUCAACACUCCAAGAAGCAGCUGUUGUCCACAGAGACACAGAUCAGAGCAGAGUUUAACAAGCUCCACCAGUUCCUGAAAGAGGAAGAGGAGUCCAGACUGACAGCUCUGAGGGAGGAAGAGGAGCAGAAGGGGAAGACUAUCAGCAGAGAGAUGAAGAGGAUUCAGGAGCAGAUCUCCUCUCUGUCAGACAGUAUCUGUGCUGUUGAAGAAGACCUGCAGAAACACAACGUGGCCUUCCUCAACAGUUAUAAACCCACUCAGACCAGAGCCAGAGUCCAGUGCUCAGAGUCAGAUCCACAGCUGGUCUCAGGAGCGCUGAUAGAUGUGGCCAAACACCUGGGCAACCUGUCCUUCAGAGUCUGGGAGAAGAUGAAGGACUGGGUCCACUUCAGUCCGGUCAUUCUGGACCCAAACACUGCACACGGCAGUCUCUAUCUGUCUGAUGAUCUGACCAGUGUGAGACAUGGAGACACAUGUCAGCAGCUUCCUGACAAUCCAGAGAGACACACUAAUGGUCCAAUUGUUCUGGGCUCUGAGGGCUUCAGCUCAGGGAAACACAGCUGGGAGGUGGAGGUGGGAGACCAUCCUGACUGGAAUGUGGGUUUGGCUAAAGAGUCAGCUGACAAGAUAUUUGUAUCACCAGAACAUGGACUCUGGCGUUUAUUGCAUCGCAGUGGAAAAUACACAAAUGCUGUUAGUGAGACUUUCUCAGUGAAGAAGAGUCUCCAGAGGAUCAGAGUCCAGCUGGACUAUGACAGGGGAGAGGUGUCCUUCUACGACCCUGAAGGCAUGACUCACAUCUACACUCACAGAGAAACUUUCACUGAGAGAGUCUUCCCAUAUUUCUGUGUUCUGAAGUCUGGUGAUGCUAAAACUGUUGACAUCAAAAUCUCUGAAACUGACGUGAGCAUUGAUAUGUGCUGAAUACUCUGAAUGUAUUACAACACCUUGAAGAAGUUUACUACUAUGACCAGUGUGAAGAGAGCUGUAGCCUCUGUACAUGAAGGCGCCCUCUCUACUGCCUGAGUGAAAUCUGCACCCUGUGCCUCUGAAUCUUUGAUGAUCAUCAGACAAUAACUGUUGCACGCUAAGAUUUGUAUCUUCUGGUGAGGUGUUUCUGAGUCUUUUACAAAUUCAUUUUUAUUUUUCAGAAUAUGUUCUUAAGUAUUUUGAAAACCUGACAAAGCUUAAAAGGGAUUCAUGCAAUAUUAUUGUUGUCAUCAUUUCCUGUUUUCAUGCAAUUCACUGUGUAAAUGUGCAAAAAAAAAAAUCACUGAUUAAAUCAGGUACAUUCUUUGUGACUCAAUAAAACAAUAAUAUCUUCAAUCUUAAUGAGGAUGAGUUUAUUGAAUGUUACAAGUAUUUUAAUCAACAGUUAAACAAGACUAAACUAUAUGUUAUAAAUUAACAAAUCAGAGCUGUUAGCAUCCCGUUAAUGGCGUCUUGUUUUGAGUCAAAGUA